AUGUUGUCAUCGUCAUCGAUACCACCGACGAGAGCGACGACGACUGCGAGAGCACGAACGCGAACGAAACGAAGAAGACAAAGAGGGAGAGCAAUCAUUUCGAGAGUUUCUUCUUCUCCUUUGUCUUCUUCUUCGCGUUUUAAGAAGAACGAAAACAACAACAGCUUCAUCACCACCACCACCUGCAGCAGCAGCAGCGCUUACAACAACAGUAGUUUUAAUAGCAGAAGGAAUAAAAGGAGUCGUCGUGAUACUAAUACUAAUAUUAGAUUUCUUUUCAACAGACCGCGAAGAAAAAGUGGACAAAAAACGGUGGUGGUGGUCGAAGCGGGCGGCGAACAAGGAGGCGACGCUCCCGUCUCCAAAGCGGCGGAGAAAGUCAACCGUGGCUUGGAAAAGUUUGAAGCAAAACAGUACCAAGACGCGGCGGAUUUUUUCACGGACGCUUUGAAGUUGAACCCGAACGAAGAAGAGUCUCGAGCGAGUCACUACAAUCGAGCGUGCGCGUACGUAAAGAUGAACAAAUACGAGCAAGCGAAAGACGAUUUGAUGGUCGCGUUGGAAAAGUUUGACUUGGACUUCCGAGUGUUGCAACGCGACGACGACUUGGCGAAGUUUCGAAAUACAGAACAGUUUGAAGAAAUCGACGUCGAGUACGGGGACGGGAAAGAGAAACAAGCGGCGCAGGCGAAGCUUCGAGCGGAAGCGGCGGAACCGUUUCGAUUUUUGAAACUUUUCCUGUUUGGGUCGUUAGCGAGUGGAGCAGCAGUUGGUCUCUUGAUUAUUCUGUCGCGGUUAGUGCAAGCUGUGAAAGGCGGAGGUGGCGAGGGAGAACUCGCGGAAGAUGUGCCGGAUUUAAUAGAAACGUUGAAAAAUUUAGGCGUAAACACCACGGCGUUGGUUGUUUUGGGAUUACUCUUAAAGAACGAGUUGAAAGGGCGAGAUGAGACUUUGCAGGAAGCAGAAAGAGAAGAAGAACUUGGGAGAUUACAAGUGCAAUUGAAAAAAGACGAAGGCGCGGUUCCUUUGAACAGACUUCGGUCUUUGUAUAGAGUCUUUGUGGUUGCCGGUUCUGAAGCGCACGUCUUUGAAACGAUGGCAAACUUGGAAAAAUUCAGAGAGAAGUUUAUUCAGAAUAAGAUUUUGGUAUGCACGGUGACAAUGUUGGAGAACGAUGGAAAACCAACGAGCGACGAGCCGAUGGAUUUGACUUUUGGGAAUCGCUCGAAACGAAAUAAGAAGAGCAGUUCUUCGGAGGUUGAUGUGAACGUGUUUGCCGACUCCAAGGAAAGAUGGCGCAUACAGGCAAAGGAUCAAACGGCGUGGAGAAGAUGGAUCAUUAAUCAAGUAGAAGUAGACGGAUUCGAUCCGUCGGUGAGAGAUGUGUUUUUUGCGGUGGCUAAGAAUGGGACGUUGUGGAAAUCUGGCGCCGGUGUUCCUAACUGGAUGAAGCUGUUGGAGGAACUUCCGGAGGAAGGUUCGGUCCAAGCAAGUGUUACAGGUAUUUGA